GUACAGUGCGAAGGUGUGUGCGGUAGAGAUAGAGAGCUCGAGGUCAAUAGAAAAAAUAAGUCUGAUAAUCCUUGUCGCUAGUGGAAUGUCGCUAGUGAACUGAUUGUGUGUCUGGGGUGCAGGAAGGAAAAUGGAAAGCCCCUUCCACGCUCACGCACAAUCGAACUGGUCCUCCGAAGCAACGAGAUAUAUUGGCCGUGUGUUCGAAGGAUGGGGUUUUUUUACACCAAGGUGUGUGCGCUUGUGGUUUAUCACGUGCUUAGAACCGGACGCGUGCUUGCAUCUUCCUUGGCGUACGAUGAUGGUAUAUAUAUUCUAUCCCCACAUUGCAAGGAGGUAUCAGUUCGUUUGGACACCAGUUCCCGGCAGCAAGGCGUGUUGUGUUCCCUGAAGUGGUCAGUGUAGUGUGUUACCUACUCCGUGACGAUGAAGACGGCAGCAGUUGUGUUGGCAGUCGUGUCCCUCGUAGGAUGUGCAGUGGCCGUGUCGCACCCUUACACGCAAUGUGGCUCGAAUGAGAUGCUGGUGUCUUCGCCACCGUGCUGCGAACCAACGUGCGACUGUGACUGUGAGCAUGUCACCUGUCAGCAGAUGCUCGUGUACCAGCCGACCUGUGUCUGCAUGCAGGGCUUCGUACGCCUGGAGGGUCGCUGUGUUCCGAAGACGUGCUGUCCGGCUCCCGAGCCAACGUGCCCCACAGAAGCUCCCGUGUAUCAUCAACCGUCGUGCGGUUGUGGUCAAACUCCUUGCCAGUGCGAGCAACCGAAGUACCAUCCAGCUCCCUGCGAAACCACUCCCAAACCCUGCCAUCCGGUGUACGAACAGCCUUCGUGCGGCUGUGGCCAAACUCCCUGCAAGUGCGAACAUCCCACGUACGAACAGCAGCCUUCCUGCGGCUGUGGCCAAACUCCUUGCCAGUGCGAGCAACCGAAGUACCAUCCUGCUCCCUGCGAAACCACUCCCAAACCUUGCCAUCCGGUGUACGAACAGCAGCCCUCGUGCGGCUGUGGCCAAUCUCCCUGCAAGUGUGAGCAACCCAUGCACGAACAGCCUUCGUGCGGCUGUGGCCAAUCUCCCUGCAAGUGUGUCCAGGUGUUGUACAAGUCGUGCGAAACGAAACCCACCACCACUACGCCCUGUCCGCCCGUGUACGAGCAACCGUCGUGCGGCUGUGGCCAUACUCCCUGCAAGUGCGAACAGCCCAUGUACGAACAGCAUCCCUCCUGCGGCUGUGGCCAAACUCCCUGCAAGUGCGUCGCCAAAUGCCAUCCCGUGCCGGAGCACAAGCCGUGCGAGACUACUACUCCUGCCCCAACCUGUGCCGCCUGCGAGGAGCUAGUGUUUGUGCAGCCGUGCUGCGAGCCGACGUGCGAUAACGACUGUUCCGGUGUGCAGUGCAGCCCGCUGCUGCUGGUCGAAGAGCCAACCUGUGCCUGCCGGCCCGGGCUCGUCCGCUACCAGGGGCACUGUGUGGAGCCGUCCGUCUGCCCGAAGAGUGCCUCCCGCUAUCGGCUGUACGUACCGAAAACCGUUUCCUGUGCCUGCACUUCUGCUGCUGGGUGCAGUGCCAUGCUGCUGUUGCUGGCAGUAGGCGGUACGCACUGUGGAACUGCCAGUGUUAACUAUGCAGAACCCAACAAGAACAUCUGUUCCCCAUACGAAGUGCUGAAGUCAUCCGAGCCAUGCUGUGAGCCUACUUGUGAUGACGACUGUCUGCAUGCGAUCUGUCGCCGUGCACCGGAUGCCGCGUCCGUACCUACGUGCGUAUGCCGGCAGGGAUACGUGCGCCACGAUGGGUCCUGCAUAAGGAAGGAAUCGUGCCCUCCCCGAGCCCCCGUAACCUACGAUUCGUACCGUCCGCAGAAGAACCCAUACUAUCACCGCCCUACACCACGUCCUAACUCGGUGCCAAAAUCUUGCGGUCCGAACGAACGGCUCACCCACUGUCGGCCAGCCUGCGAACCGACUUGCGAGAAGGACUGUGCCGGGGUGAAACACCCCCAGGUGUGCCACCCGGAACCGUGCUGCGUGUGCAAGGAGGGCUACGUACGCCACAACGGUCGCUGCAUCAAACGGUGCGACUGUCCGAAGCGACCGCCCUUCCUCUCCGGACGCCCCCUCUCGGGCGAGUACAUUGAUUUUGAGGUCGUUUCUCUGGAGGGUCUGAAAUCGGACGAAGAUUUUGGCUACAAACCGAAGGCCGAGUUCCGUAUGCAGAAACCAUCACCACCACGGCUGCCGGCGUACGAGCACAAAAAGUCACUCGGUAUGGCACCGCUGUACCUGCGUACGCUCGGUAGCGCAUCAAACUCGGCCCAAGCGUCAUCCUACGAGCGCGCUGCCCAUACGACCGAACGGCCAGCCCUCUAUCCACCGCUGUGCGCUUGCCAUGCGACGAAGAAAAUGCACCCAGCCACUCAUAUGCCGCCGGCCAUGCAGGACACUCGCUCGUACGAGAGCACCGAGGAAGACUCAGACAUUGUGCCGUACGCACCGCUACCAACCGUCGGAUCGUACCGGCAGUCGCAGCCGGCCAAGAGCCUUUUCCCACCGCCGAGCACACCGUCCGCAACCGUUGGACCGUACUAUAUGCCAAGGAAAACGAUUCCAGCGCCACCGCCACAGCUACACCGAAGCGAUCUUAACGAACCAUUGGAUCAUUUCUGCGGCUCCGGACAGCAAAGCUCGGCCGCACAGGAAGAGCAGCCGAAGAAGCACCCCACCAUUUGGCCACCGGUUAGCAAGCAUUGUACACGCUGUGGCUUCCGGCGCCAUUAGACGGUACACGUGCAAUUAAAAUCACCCUCACCCUCGUUGUAAACUACCUUACUGCACAAUAAAUUAUUAU